CUUGAGGAAUUAUGUAUAUCGAAGAACUGACGGAAAGGGAUGAGACGAAGGUGGAGGAGAGAUCGGUUGAGGAUAACGGAGAUAAGGCGAUAUUGGUGAGCAGAGGAAACGUGAUUGUGUUGACCACGAAGAGGGCACUUGUUGGUGUUGGUGCUCGUGCCUUGUUCUAUCCUACUCUGGUUUACAACGUUGUUAGGAAUAAGCUCGAGACUGAGUUUCGCUGGUGGGAUCGUGUCGCUGAGUUUAUAUUACUGGGAGCUGUUCCAUUCCCAUCUGAUGUUCCGCAGCUGAAAGAGCUUGGUGUCUGUGGAGUGAUCACACUGAAUGAGCCAUAUGAAACUUUGGUUCCAUCAUCUCUCUACAAAUCUUACUGCAUUGACCACCUGGUGAUUGCCACGAGAGAUUAUUGUUUUGCUCCUUCCAUGGAAGCAAUAUGCCAAGCUGUAGAAUUUAUACAUCGAAAUGCUUUACUUGGAAAGACGACUUAUGUUCACUGCAAGGCGGGUCGGGGUCGCAGCACAACUAUUGUCAUAUGCUACUUGGUUCAACACAAACAUAUGACACCUGAAGCAGCAUAUGCCUAUGUGAGGUCAAUCAGGCCCAGGGUUCUUUUAGCAGCCACCCAAUGGAAGGCCGUUCUUGAGUACUACCAUGUCAAGGUGCUGAAUACUCAGAGUUGCCUAACUGAUGCAACUUCAGCUUUGAUCCCGAGAAAUGUGAAGCAGGUUUGUUCUGGGAAUGUGGUGGUGUUUGAUGAUGGGUCGAUGGUGGUAGUGACCCACUCAGAUAUAGAGGGCUAUGAUGAUGACUCACAGAGGUCGGUGAAUGUUGCUGGGAAUGAGUUAUGGGCAGCAGCUGCAGAUCUUAGCAUGGUGUACCGAGUGAAAGUGGUGGGGCAGGCUGCGUUGGCCAGGAUCUCAUGUCUAUGGCUGGGCUUGCGUGAGGACCACAAGCUUUCUGGGAAAAAUCUUUCCAUGGGAGGUAUAAGCGUCGACAUUUCUGUCUACUGAUGAUGAUGAUGAUGAUGCAGGUGAGUCUGCUGGCGAGCGAGUGAAUAUGCCUUUUUCGCUGUUUCUCUCCAGUAAAAAAAAGUCUAUAAAUAAAAAAAAGGGGUCAAAUUAGGUGAUAGAAGUAAGCAAGGGUUUGUAAAUUUGGUGGAAAAAAUACUUGGUUUUGUCGUCUUGGUAUUGUAAUUAAAUACUACCUCGUCCCUCAUUUGCCUUUGAUGAGGAAGAACGUGAAUUAACUUCCUUCUCAAGUA